AUGUUAGUGAAUUCGCAAAGACCUGCGUCUUUAUUGGAUCUCGUAAAUGUUGGUUUAACAAGUAUUCGGAAUUCAGAUCAAUCUACUGCGACAGCGUCUUCGACAACGACUCCGUUUAGCAAUAUAACGCACAAUAUCUUAUGGAAUGAUUCGUCCACCGUCAUCACUCAAACGUUUACAUUACCUGAUUACGACUACGAUAAUUGGACGUUACCAAAUUCUAGUUACUGGAAACCUCCACCCGGUGAAUAUGUUCCGCGUUCCACUCUAGAAGUUGUGAUUAUAUCGUUUUUAGUUGUCUUGCUGUCCUUAAUGACAGCUGGUGGUAACCUGUUAGUGAUCUGGGCGUUUAAAAUUGACCGCCGACUUCAAACAGUGAGUAAUUAUUUUUUGCUAAGCCUGGCUGUGGCGGAUAUCAGUAUCGGCGUCGUCUCCAUGCCGCUUUAUACCGUUUAUUUAUUGAUGGAACAUUGGCCACUAGGGCCUCUUUUAUGUGAUAUUUGGUUAUCGUUGGAUUACACAAUGAGUAACGCUUCCGUGGCGAAUUUAAUCAUCAUCAGCUUUGACAGAUAUCUGUCAGUGACAAGGCCAUUGACUUAUCGAGCCAAACGAACACCGAAAAGAGCUGGCUGGAUGAUCGGUUGUGCUUGGGUUAUUUCCGCUUUAUUGUGGACUCCAUGGAUAUUUGCUUGGCCUUAUAUAGAAGGUAAACGACGGGUGCCACAUGACGACUGCUAUAUUCAAUUCUUGAAGACCAAUCAGUAUAUUACCAUCAUUACUGCCAUGGCCGCGUUUUAUGUGCCAGUUUCAAUCAUGACCAUUAUUUAUUAUAAAAUAUACCGCGAAACUCGAAAAAGACAAAAAGAUCUCGUAGGAUUACAAGGCUACUGGAGCUUGAGUGACAAACGGAGUCCUUCCACCGAGUUAAGCUCGUAUUUAAGACAUAGGAACUCGUGCAAAAGAAAGUGUUUAUCUUGUUUUAAAAUAGAUCGGGACUCGGAUGCCGAGGAGUCGAGUUCGAGUGACCAACCUCCUUCCCCUGGAAACACAAACGUCAUCGUGUCGGACUGCCAUUCGUACAUCCCGGUGAGCACCAGUGAAUCCAUGGCCCGUAGUCCAUCAAAUCAUAUUCCAAAGACUAGUUUUAAACGUGUCAAGAAAGAAACUAUACGCCAAGAUCAGAAAGCUGCUAAGACAUUAACAGCUAUAUUAUUAGCCUUUAUUAUAACAUGGACACCAUAUAAUAUAUUUACAAUAGUAGAAGCUUAUUGUACCAAUCCACCAUGUAUAAAUCCUACACUGUAUGCUAUAGGUGGGUAUACUUUCUAA